GUGCUGGCCUGGUUUGAGGAAGGUGAGGAGACAGUCACUGCAUUUGUGGAGCCAUUUGUCAUUCUGCUGAUCCUCAUCGCCAAUGCCAUUGUAGGAGUCUGGCAGGAGAGGAACGCUGAAAACGCCAUCGAGGCCCUGAAGGAGUAUGAACCCGAGAUGGGCAAGGUGUACCGUGCAGACAGGAAAUCUGUGCAGAGAAUCAAGGCCCGGGACAUGGUCCCUGGCGACAUUGCCGAGGUGGCUGUGGGUGACAAGGUGCCAGCUGACAUCCGGAUCAUCUCCAUCAAAUCCACCACCCUGCGUGUGGACCAGUCCAUCCUGACAGGUGAGUCUGUCUCUGUUAUCAAGCACACGGACCCUGUCCCGGACCCUCGCGCUGUCAACCAGGACAAGAAGAACAUGCUCUUCUCGGGCACCAAUGUGGCAGCUGGCAAGGCUGUGGGCAUCGUCAUUGCCACAGGGGUGGCCACCGAGAUCGGGAAGAUCCGGGAUGAAAUGGCAGCCACAGAGCAGGAGAAGACGCCGCUGCAGCAGAAACUGGAUGAAUUCGGGGAGCAGCUCUCCAAGGUCAUCUCGCUCAUCUGCGUGGCCGUCUGGCUCAUCAAUAUUGGCCACUUCAACGACCCUGUCCACGGUGGCUCCUGGAUCCGCGGUGCCAUCUACUACUUCAAGAUCGCCGUGGCCCUGGCCGUGGCCGCCAUUCCUGAAGGUCUCCCCGCCGUCAUCACCACCUGCCUGGCCCUGGGCACCCGCCGCAUGGCCAAGAAGAACGCCAUUGUCCGGAGCCUGCCAUCUGUGGAGACGCUGGGCUGCACCUCAGUCAUCUGCUCUGACAAGACCGGCACCCUCACCACCAACCAGAUGUCCGUGUGCAAGAUGUUUGUUGUUGAGAAGGUGGAGGGAGAUGUCUGUUCCCUGAAUGAAUUCAGCAUCACUGGCUCCACCUAUGCCCCUGAGGGAGAAGUGCUGAAGAAUGACAAGCAUGUGAAGGCUGGGCAGUACGAUGGGCUGGUUGAACUGGCCACUAUCUGUGCCCUCUGCAAUGACUCCUCCCUGGAUUACAAUGAGGCCAAGGGUGCCUAUGAGAAGGUGGGGGAAGCCACCGAGACGGCGUUGACCUGCCUGGUGGAGAAGAUGAAUGUUUUCAACACAGAUGUGCGGAGCCUGUCCAAGGUGGAGCGCGCCAAUGCCUGCAACUCUGUGAUUAAGCAGCUGAUGAAGAAGGAGUUCACCCUGGAGUUCUCCCGUGACCGGAAGUCCAUGUCCGUAUACUGCUCCCCGGCCAAGGCCUCCCGCGCAGCUGUCAGCAACAAGAUGUUCAUCAAGGGUGCCCCUGAGGGGGUUAUCGACCGUUGUAACUAUGUCCGAGUGGGCACCACCCGUGUCCCCCUCACACCCCUGGUGAAAGACAAGCUCUUGACCGUCAUCAAGGAGUGGGGGACGGGGCGGGACACACUGCGCUGCCUGGCCCUGGCCACGCGUGACACCCCCCACAGGAGAGAGGACAUGGUGCUGGAGGACUCCACCAAGUUUGUUGAGUAUGAGGUGGACCUGACCUUUGUGGGCUGCGUGGGGAUGCUGGACCCACCCCGGAAGGAGGUGAUGGGCUCCAUCCAGCUGUGCCGUGACGCCGGCAUCCGUGUCAUCAUGAUCACUGGAGACAACAAGGGCACAGCCAUUGCCAUCUGCCGCCGCAUCGGGAUCUUCACCGAGGACGAGGAGGUGACGGGCAGGGCCUACACAGGCCGUGAGUUUGAUGACCUGCCCCCCGCCGAGCAGCGUGAGGCCUGUAAGCGGGCCUGCUGCUUCGCCCGUGUCGAGCCCGCCCACAAGUCCAAGAUCGUGGAGUUCCUGCAGUCCUUUGAUGAGAUCACAGCCAUGACAGGCGAUGGGGUGAAUGACGCCCCUGCACUGAAGAAGGCCGAGAUUGGCAUCGCCAUGGGCUCUGGCACGGCCGUGGCCAAGACGGCCUCCGAGAUGGUCUUGGCUGACGACAACUUCUCCACCAUUGUGUCCGCCGUGGAGGAGGGCAGGGCCAUCUACAACAACAUGAAGCAGUUCAUCCGCUACCUCAUUUCCUCCAAUGUGGGCGAGGUCGUCUGUAUCUUUCUCACAGCCGCCCUGGGCCUUCCAGAAGCCUUGAUCCCCGUGCAGCUGCUGUGGGUGAACCUGGUGACUGAUGGGCUCCCGGCCACUGCCCUGGGCUUCAACCCCCCAGACCUGGACAUCAUGGACAAGCCGCCCCGCAGCCCCAAGGAGCCCCUCAUCAGUGGCUGGCUCUUCUUCCGCUACAUGGCCAUUGGCGGCUACGUUGGAGCUGCUACAGUGGGUGCCGCUGCCUGGUGGUUCCUCUAUGCAGAGGAUGGUCCUGGCGUCACCUAUCACCAGCUGUCCCAUUUCAUGCAGUGCACAGAGGAAAAUGUGGACUUCGAGGGGCUGGAUUGUGAAGUGUUUGAGUCGCCUGUGCCCAUGACCAUGGCCCUGUCUGUGCUGGUCACCAUAGAGAUGUGCAACGCCCUCAACAGCCUGUCUGAGAACCAGUCCCUGGUCCGCAUGCCGCCCUGGGUGAACAUCUGGCUGCUGAGCUCCAUCUGCCUGUCCAUGUCCCUGCACUUCGUCAUCCUCUACGUCGAUCCCCUGCCCAUGAUCUUCAAACUGACACCGCUGGACCUGACCCACUGGCUCGUGGUGCUGAAGAUCUCGUUCCCCGUCAUCCUCCUGGAUGAGGUGCUGAAAUUUGUCGCCCGGGACUACCUGGAAGUGGGUUUAGAAGACCCGAAGAGGAGGAAGAAGUGACACCUCUGGCCACUAGAAAAACUGCAUCUUCACCCCAACAGUGAAGAACCCCUCGGUGCCCCCUCGCCUCCCCAUGAACCUCAGCCACCCCCUCUUAUUUAACAGCUGCUCCCCUCCACCAAAGGCUGCAAGCAGCCCUCUCUCUCCUCCCCCAGCCGGGUGGGGUGGACAUCAUGGGGGUUUGCGUGCUGCGUUUGGAGAAUGGGGGAAAGCUCCCCCUUGCAAACACCCUGCCCUCCUCCCGGCCUUCUAGCUACUUUGCUUCUGUACAUUUUGAGCUGCUAGUCUGUCCUAGCGGCCUCUGCCCAUCCCACCUUCCCCCCAUUUCCUUGCUGGGCACCCAGCCCGUUCACUGUGUUACCAGCUCACACCCAGUGACCUCCU